CUUGCGUCCCUGCGUGUGUGUGCCUUAUCUCAGCUGGUCUGCCCGAGACCCCCUGAGUGUGAACUUUAGUUCCCCACGUGCAGUCCCAUUUCCACUCCAACAAGAUGAAAGAAAUGAUCAUGAACCAGGAUAAACACGCCAAACUGCAGGCACAAGUGCGCAUUGGUGGGAAAGUGAACAUGUUCACAAACCAAGGAACAGUGAUCCAUUUUAACCACCCUAAAGUUCAGGCGUCUCUGACAGCAAACACCAUUACAGGCCUCGCUGAGACAAAGCAGCAGACAGAAACGCUUCUCGGCAUCUUAAACCAGCUUGGAGCAGACAGUCUGACUAGUUUAAGGAGACUGGCUGAAGCUCUGCUCAAACAAUCUGUGGACCAAAAAGGAUCACUUACUGCUGGAGAGGAUGAUGAUGAUGAAGUUCAAGAUUUGGAGGAGAAUUUUGAUGAGGCAGACUGAACUGAAGCAACUUCUGAAGAAGGUGACACUUGCAGAAGUUACAGGAGCUGCUAUUUUAUAUCAUGACUGCUUUUUUAAAUU